AUGUCUCAACUACUACCGACCAGACCCAUAUCGAAUAUGAUAAAUACUGCAACGAGUGAACGGCCACAGCGCGAUUCUGCAAUCGGAGGAGAGGAACCCAUGAAUACGGCUGGUGAUACUCUUGCAAGAGCGACAGGCUCCUCUCGGGACAGCCAGCAAGCACAAGGGCCGCCGAAUGAAGAGUCUAUGAGCACAGGAUUGUGUGCAUCGAGUGAACAAUGGGACGCUCGGGCAAUGCGCCAUAAACUAGAAUUUUCUCCGGGGAUAUGGGAGAAUGACGAAUUCGACAAAUUCAUUGCCUCGUUCCAAUAUCCUCUUUGUAUUAAGAGCGACAACAUGAGGCGAACAAUUAAGAGGCUUCUGUCAGGCGACCCGAAGGCGGGAGAGGCUAUCAAAAUAUUUAAAGAAUGGCACGAAAAGAUUGAUCGUUGGGGCCCUCGGUUCAUUGGUCGUGACAAAUACGGGUUUGCAGACGUGGUGAACUCACUUGUCGGUUAUUGGAGGGCUUUUUCUUUUCAGGCGGACGAGGAGGGGAACGAGGCUUCAAUUCGCUGGGCUGUCGAUGGGUUGAUUAUUCAUGCGUUUCAACUUCGGCCUGGAGCGAAUCAGGCGUGGAGGUCCGAAAUGGAACUAGUCCUACCCGACGUCCCAGACACAGUUCGAGCGGACGCCAUAACGACUUAUACUCUGCCGGAGAGAUGGAAUUUGUUCCUUUCGGAUUGCCCUAAUAACUUCGUGUUCUCCGGGACAUGGAUCCCAGAUUCAGCAUACAAAACGAAGAUGUUCGUUACCUCCACCCAUGAGGCAAAGCUACGUGCAACUGAGGUUGCGAAACGACGGGUUCAGCUUACCUUGUACACUAGUCAGCUGCAUCGUAGAGCACUGUGCUUAACAGAUGGGCCGGUAUUUGGCACCACCUUGGACCAUAAUGUGCUUACGUUUUAUGUUGCUAACUGGGAGGGGGAUACUGUGGUUGUGCGCCCCGUCCUCAGGCCGUAUAAUCUUCGAAGUUUUGAUCGUUUCAUCGAAGUCUACUUCAUGCUCUCUAGAAUUGCGGAUUUCCAAAAGUUAUGGAUUGAGGCCGAAAUGAGGAGAUGGGAUGAAGACACAAGGAGGCAACAGUCUAAAUUCGAGGCAUCGGCCAAGAAGCACUGGCGACCGGGAUUCGAUACCACUCGCAAACGCAAGCGUUCCGACGGUGGAGGUCAAGGUCAGCGCAGACAGGAUACAGGCGACGCAGAUCAUAUGGAAGAAAGGGGCGGCAUCGGAUCUUCAAGUAAGCACGAGAUACGAGUCGUGGAAGAUCGGGUUAAGAGAGGCGAUCCACCUCCCAAGGAUGGGUACCCGUUGAGCGAUAUACACCUCUAUAUUUUCGAUCGUCAUCCAGAGUUUCAGCCAUGUUGCUGCAUGCCAUCUGUCUCGGAUUGGUCGAGAGAUACGAGUUCACAUUCUCAAUACCACAAGGGCGUCGGCUUGGGCUCACUAGGACAUAAUGACAUCGAGGAUGCAAGCACGCCCGGUGGCGAAGAAACGAUUAGCAGACGGGAAUGGGACACCAUGAUCUCUGACACGACCCUUUGA